CCUCCAUCAAUACCUCUUCCUACCGCUUCUAGUGAUUCUCGCUGUCUAAGAUGCCGAAGGCGGAUAUCAACAAGGUUGGCUGGGAGCAGAGCGAAUUCCCCAUCCUUUGCGAAACUUGCCUGGGUGACAACCCAUUCGUCCGCAUGUCAAAACAGGAGUUCGGGCGCGCCUGUGGCACCUGCGCUCGCCCCUUCACCGUCUUCCGUUGGAAUCCGGGCACCGGCAUGCGCUUCAAAACCACUGUGAUCUGUCAGACUUGCGCCAAGAUAAAGAACGUCUGCCAAACAUGUCUUCUUGACCUGGUUUAUGGUCUACCGACACAAGUUCGCGACACUGCGCUUGGGAUAGAAAGUGAAGCACCGACGAGCGAGAUCAACAGGGAGUAUUAUGCUCAGAACAUGGAGAACAAGCUUGAAGGCGCGAAGUCACUGCUCGACGUGGACAAAUCAUCGAGCGCAGGGAAGGAAAUGUUGAAGCAGCUCGCGCGAACCGACCCAUAUUACAAGCGUAACCGCCCACACCUCUGUUCGUUCUUUGCGAAAGGAGAAUGCAAUCGCGGAGACGCAUGUCCUUACAGACAUGAAAUGCCCGUCCAGAACGAACUCUCGAAACAAAACAUCCAGGAUCGUUACCACGGUCGUAAUGACCCUGUUGCGAAGAAGAUAUUGUCCACUCAUGCCGCAAAUAUGGGUUUGCAACCCCCAGAAGACCAGAGCAUCACAUCUCUCUUCUUGACAUCGCUCCCCGCCAAUGCGACUGAGGAGAGCAUCCGGACGCGAGUUCUUAAGUCACUACCUGCAGUUCAACCUUCGCAGUUGAAGUCGGUGGUUCAUGUCGCGAAGACAAGAUGCGCGUUCGUGAAUUGGAGAGAUAGAGCGACGGCAGAGUUGGCAGCUCAGGCGUGGGCUAACGGCCUCGAGAUUGGUGGGGAGACUGUCGGCAUUCGUUGGGGCAGAAGCAAGGGCGCAUCCGGCGCAAAGCCUGCUCCUGUCGCUGUCCAGGCGUCGUGAACAUUCCGUAUGUGUUGUCGACCAUGCUCCUGUAGACCCUUGUAUGUUACUGUACUACUAGUUCACAGGAUUCGGUACGAUCCUCGAGCACACGUUCUUUGCUUCAUCGGGGACCAAGGCGUUGUCAAAAUCACCUAAUCAAC